AGCCUUUAUAAAAAAGUUCAAAACACCUGCUUACAUUUAUCAUUAGACGGCAAGUCGUGUACUAAAACGUUUAGACUUUGCUAAUGGAAAAUGUUUAUUUUUAUUGUAAAUAGAAAGGGUUCCGAUAUUGUUGUUCUCAAGUGUCAAGUUUUAUGGCAACGUCUGUUCCUAAAAUCUCUUUGUUCUUCUUUCGAGGGUAUUGUAACGAGGCUAUUUCAGUGUUCGUCGAGAGUACAGAGAGUUACGGUCGAUAUUUCUCCACUUCGUCGAAGAUAUACACAGUUACAGUCGCUAGUUUAUAAAUAAUUUACUUCUCUAUUCAUCAAAAUGUCCGAUUCCGAAUUUGAAUGCUCUGAUUUAUCAGGAAGCGAAUCUGAAGAGAGCGUCACAAGCGGUAGCGAUCUAGAAUAUAGUGACAAUUUUGAUGGAAACAUCGAUUCUUCAAAGGAAUGGUGCGAGAUAAACACAGAAAAUCCUCCUCCCCCUCCUCCACGCUUUCGUUUUCUGGCAACUCCUGGGUGUACUUUUACUCUAAAUGAUAUGUUCGAUCCGUUAGAAUAUUUCAGAUUAUUUUUUGAUAUUAAGUUAAUUAAUAUUAUUGUUAAAGAAACUAACCGUUAUGCGAUGCAACAACCAAAAAGAACCAGAAAGCAUUGGGAUUCCAUUACAACAGAAGAUAUUUAUGUAUUUCUCACAAUUUGUAUAAUUCAGGGAAUUAUCCAUAAACCGGAGGAGAGGAUGUACUGGAACACGAAUGAAAUAUUUCUCACGCCAAUUUUUAGUAAAUUGAUGCCAAGAAACAGAUUUUUACAAAUAAAUAAAAAUUUACAUUUCAACAAUAAUGACAAUUACGAUUCGACAACCAAUCCCGAUUCGAAAAUAAAUAAAAUUUGGUCAAUAGUAGCAAAUUUAAAUAAAAAAUUUUCACAUCUUUAUGUACCAGAAAGAGAUAUAUCAGUAGACGAGAGUCUUAUGCUUUACAAGGGUCGUCUUUCGUGGAAACAGUACAUUCCACUGAAACGGUCUCGUUUCGGAGUGAAAUUCUUUAUGCUAUGUGAAUCUGCAUCCGGCUACUUGUACAAUUUUAUAAUUUACACCGGAAAAGGUACUAGUUUUAAUGAAAAAUACCAAGAAAUGCCAAUAGCAUCCCAAAUCGUGUUAUCGUUAGCGGAUCCGUUGUUAGGCAAAGGCUACUGUCUAACAACGGAUAAUUAUUAUACUUCCCCACAGUUAGCGGAUUAUCUCAUAUCGUGCCAGACAGAUUUGUGCGGAACAGUACGUACCAACAGAAGAGAUGUUCCAGGUGUAAUUCAUAACAAAAAAUUGGAAAAGGGAGAGAUAGUGGCAGUGCAGAGAGAUAAAGUAAUGAUUUUAAAAUGGCAGGAUAAGAGAGCUGUUACUUUACUCUCUACAUUCCACAAUCCUGUAAAAGUAAACAAAGAAAUGCGUGACGGUAGCGUACAAUCGAAGCCACAGGUUGUUAUCGACUACAACCACACAAUGGGAGGUGUUGACCUCUUAGAUCAACAUCUCCGUGAUUAUCCGGUGACAAGAAAAGGGGGGAAGAAAUAUUAUAAAAAAAUAUUUUUUCAUUUGGUAGAUAUUUGUUUGUAUAAUGCAUUUGUGUUGUAUAAGAAAAAUGGUGGCGAAAAGGAUAAUUUAGGUUUUAGAAUGAGACUUAUUGAACGGCUAAUGGAGGAAUACCACACCGAAACGAGAGGAAAUAAACAAAAUCGGCCGAAAUCGUUCGGUCCUCUUAGACUCACGGAAAGACAUUUCCCGGUUUUUGUUCCGCCAACCGAGAAAAAAGAUGCACCCACUAGAUACUGUGCUGUAUGUUGCAAAAGAAAUAAGAAAACAGGGAAAAAACUGAGGAAAGAAACACGUUAUUACUGCAAAGAUUGUGACGUUGCGCUAUGUGCAGUGCCGUGUUUUGGAAUAUACCAUACUAAAGCAGAUUUUUAACUUUAAUUUUAUUAUUUUUUUAUUAUAUUCGUAAUUAUGUAAUGUAUACUCUUACAUUAUAUUUGAUAUUUAUUUUUGAAAUUAUAUAAUUAUAUGUGCAAUUUUAUAGCAUUGUAUUGUAUUUUUAUUUAUUAUAACUUGUAAUUUUCUAAGUAAAAUUGUAGUUCAUAUUAUUUUCAAUGCGUGAAUGAAUAAAAUUAAUUUUCAAGCAUAAUUCUACAAUAAGCUCUUAGACUCUCUAAAAUUAUUUCCCAAGAUAAAAUUGAAAAAUAUUACGGUCCUCUUCAAAUUAUUCAGCUCCAUAAGUAUGAAUGCUGUUGGUUACGCCUCUCCGAUUUGGAACCUGUCUAAUUAUCAAAAACUAGACAUAAUCCAAAAUAAAUUUAUUGGUAAAAUCUCGGUUGAAUACAACAACGUUCCUGGAAGUGCUCUCUGUCUAGAGCAGUGUUUCUCAACGGGGGCGAUAUCGCCCCCAUGUGGGCGUUUUUCCAUGUUCAGGGGGCGAUUAGUAAUAAUUUAUAUUUUGGGGGCGAAAAACAAUUUUCUGGGCGAUAUAGUAAAACAUUAUAUUAAGAAUAAUUAGAUAUUUUAUUCGUUAUAUCGUACAAUAAUUAAACAAAUAACAUUAUUAGUCACUAGUCUAUUCAAUGCAGUACGCAUUUGCCGUUAGUCUUGGCCCUCGACGUCGGUAUUUUGUAGUGAAGGGGGCGAUACUACGUAACGGUUUUAUUGAAGGGGGCAAUACUACGUUGAAGGGGCGACGAUUCGUUAGAGGUUGAGAAACACAGGUCUAGAUGUUAACCCAAUCUGACUAGGGCGUAGCUUAUUUACAUUCUAUUGGACGUUGUUUAUUUUAUAAUAUGUACAUUACUAAUAUAUUAUGUACAUAUUUAGUUGUUGUACAAAUUUAGUAAUUUCGACCUAAAUAGAAGUUUUCGUUUUGGACCUUUCUCUGGUCACACCUAUAAAAAUGGUUCAAACGAUCCAAAAUAACGGGAUAUAUUUGAAUAUUUGCGAUAGCUAUAACACAAGUGUCUAGAAACCCGACUUCCCCUGAGACGUUCAUGGAAUGACCCGCGAACAUCAACCAACAGCCGCUUUCAAGGUCAAACAGUUGUGAAUGCCGUUCAACUGCCGCGUUUUGUGUUAAGCCUGGUACCCACAUGCGGCAACGGACGACGGAAACGGUCGACGGAGCGGCAAAAUGACGUCACUUUUGCCGUCGACGUCGACGGAAUACGAAGUUGAAAAUUUUCAACUUUUGCCACGACGGAAAGCGGCACGGCAAAAAUUAGACCAAUAGGAGGACCGUUUAGCGAUGUCGUCAUAAAGAUCACGUGGGACGAUAGCGUUCAAACUAUGGCGGUCGGCAAGCUAAAAAGCUUUAUUUAUACACUAAUACGCUAAUAUAUUUCAUUUAUACGCUGUAUUACUAUCCGAUUUAAAUAUUAAUGUCAAAUAGACUUACUGCGUAAAGUAUUGGGAAUGGAGUAAGCGUAAUUCGGCGACGAAAGUAUUCGAUAUUCCUAACUUUCGACGAUUUAGAAUAUUUUCCCUAUCCAAAUUAUUCGUUUUUCAGGUUUUUUUAUUUGCGAUAAGAUCGAAGGCAAACUUAAAAAGUUUAAUUGAUAUAACAAAGCAAUCCCGGUAGACGCCAUUUUCGACUACUGGCACGUGGCCUACCUACUGUAGUAGCUUGUUUAUAUUUACGGCUGGCAGAUGGCGCGUUUCAAUUGUAGGGUAAUUUCCGCAUGUGAGUACACGAGACACGGAAAGACGACGGAACGGCAACCGUUUCCGUCGACGAUUUCGUCGUCCGUUGCCGCAUGUGGGUACCAGGCUUUAUACGAAAGAAAAAUUAUGUCGCUAAGUAACCCAUAAUAAACGAA